ACACAACAUGUCAGCGCCCAUUCAUUCAUUCUUAUUGUAGUCUCUGUUCGCUUUCUGAUUUAGUGUUCUGCACGUAGAAUUAUUGUUUAGAUUCUUCAGUGAAAUAUAUAAAAGUGAUGGCAAGCUGCAGUAGCUCGCACCAGUCAAAUGAUAAGUCUACACCUGACGCCCCAGUUCACUCUAAAGAAGAUGAGAAAAUUCUGCUGGAACCAUACCAAUAUAUACAACAAGUUCCUGGGAAGAGCAUCCGCACCAAGCUAGCACAAGCUUUCAACUAUUGGCUGAACAUACCGGCGGGCAAGCUGGCUAUCAUUGGCGAAGUCACCGAGAUGCUACACAAUGCUAGUCUCCUCAUCGACGACAUCGAGGACAACUCGAUCCUGCGACGCGGCCAGCCGGUCGCGCACGCGAUAUACGGCGUCGCGAGCACAAUUAACGCAGCCAACUACGUCUACUUCCUCGGCCUCGAGAAGGCCGUCUCGCUCAGCCACCCGGACUGCACGAAGGUUUUCACGGACCAGCUGCUGGAGCUGCAUCGUGGCCAGGGCAUGGACAUACAUUGGCGCGACACGUAUACCUGCCCGACGGAGGAACAGUACAAUGCGAUGGUCAUACGCAAGACUGGAGGGCUAUUUGGCCUCGCGACCCGCCUCAUGCAGCUGUUUAGCACAAACAGCAGAACCCGCGAGCGAGAUAAGGAUACUCAUGAUCUGAUGUGCCUCGGGCCGGCUCCGUAUCGAGUGGAUGAUGGGGAAGGAGAACUUGCCCUCAGUGAGAUCCUCACAUACAGCGACAAUAAGAGCUACUGUGAGGAUCUCACUGAGGGCAAGUUCUCCUUCCCCAUCAUCCACGCGAUACGGAGCCGGCCCGAGGACAAUCAGAUCAUGAGUAUCCUUAUCUCGCUCGCGGGUCUGUUUCCCAGAAAGCAAGGAAGAGGAGUAAGAGGAAGAUGA